UGCCAGAUCCGGCAGUGACGUCAUCCAACGGCCGUCCUAAGAAGUUUAUUAGGUUUAUUAGACUGCGUUGAUUAAGAUUAUUACGUUUAUUUUACUGGGUUUAUUACGUUUAUUUCACUGAAGGGAAACAAAAUUAUUCUAAAAAACAGCGCCUCUGUUUGUUAACAACGAGGCGCUGUUUGAAUAUACUUCAUAGGACGGCUGACAGAUGACGUCACGGUGGGAUCACCUGUCCCCGACGCGUUGACGUGUUCCUUUGACACGAAACUGGCUGUCAGUCACUUAUUUCUGAUCUGCACCGCAGGACGAUGGCCUCCAGUGUGCCGGGCCGCCGGCUGGUGGCCUGCCUCCUCAACGUGUCCGAGGCUCGGAGGAAGGACCUGGUGGAGAUGGUAGCCAUGGCCGCCGUCUACAAAAGCAAAGGUGAGCUGCGGGAGGGGGCGACGGUGCUGAACAUCUUCAACGACCUGGACUACAACCGCUCCGUCAUCACCAUCGUGGCGGGCAUCGACUCCGUCAGGGAGGCGGUGCUGUCUGCGUGCGAGGCCGCCUGUGGGUUGAUUGACAUGCGGGCUCACAGAGGAGCCCACCCCCGCAUGGGGGCAGUGGACCUGAUCCCCAUCUACCCCCUGGACGAGGCGCUGGGCCUGGACGACUGUGCUGCAGAGGCUCAAGCCAUCGCCCGGGGCCUCACGGAGCGGGUCCCUGGCUCCAGUGCCUUCCUGUUCGGCUGGGCGGACUGCCCCCUGCAGCGCGGCCUGGCCCAGAGGAGAAGGGACAUGGGCUGGUUCAGCAAGACCCCCCACAUGCACGCCGUAACGGCCGACGUCGGGCCCCCGCCACAGAGACGCUAUGGCCUCACAGGCGUGGGCGCGGGGCCCUACGUGAUGAACUGUAACGUGACCAUCGACACGGCGGACCUGGCCCUGGGCCGCCGGGUGGCCGCCGCCCUGAGGGAGUCGGCCCCCGGGGGCGUGCCCGGGGUGCAGGUGCUGGCCCUGCCACACGGGGGCGCCGUGGAGAUCGCCUGCAACGUGGAGAGCGUGCGCGGCGGCCCGCCCGCCGGCCACGGCCCCGGGGCGGAGCGGGAGGCGUGGCCGACGUUCAGCAUCGGCGGGGAGCGCUACUGCCACGCCCCGGCCUCGCUCAUCACGGCCAGGGUGGGGGCGCUGGCCGGCCAGCAGGGGGUGGGCCUGAAGGGCACGGCCCUGGUGGGCUUCACCCCCACCCAGUGCAGGGGUCUGGCGGAGAGGGCACUCUCGCUGGGCCUCGGAGAGUUCUGGAAGGAGCAGCGCGGCGGCGGCGGCGGCGGGCUCCGCAUGUGAGGGAAGGACCAGCCCUCAUUAGGCUGGCUGAGACGGGCCUCCGGUUCUCAUGGGAUGAUGUAAGAGGGCUUAUGUAAUUGUCAUAUCAUUAUACAAAGUGGUUAUGUAAUUAUGCAAAACGUAUUCAAUGGUGGCCUGUUUCUCUUCUAGGAAGGAAUGUUCAGACUGCACUAUGAUUCAGUAGUAUUUAUCUCAUGUGUUUCCUAUUGUUUUAAAUUGUUUUUUAAUUUUGUAUUAUUUGAGAUUCCAUGUCUUAAAACUGGAUUGGACUUUAAAGACAAUUCCUAACUGACCAAUUGACCUUAUUCCCUGUUAACACAUGGAUCCUCCACUAACUAAGCAAUCUACCUGAAUCCCUGUUAACACAUGGAUCCUCCACUAACUAACCAAUCUACCUGAAUCCCUGUUAACACAUGGAUCCUCAUGUGUGGACAUGGUGAUGUGAAAAGACAACUCUGAGCUUUUAUAUAAAAUGGAUGUGUUUAAUGUGGUGAAGUUUAAUAAAUGUUAUAAUCAAUACAGUGUAAGGGGCGUUUGUGUACUAAUGCUCACAUUGAUUUUCAAAUUGAAACGAUGUCCGGUCCUUGUCUGCGGGCUGUUCCCGUGUGGAAUGUGGUUGGAUUUUGAGAGAGAAGGCACUUGAUGUUUGGUCAUUUCCUGUUGUUUACGAAUGAAAUAACUUUCCCACAAUGGACCACCAUGAGUCAGUGGCUGCGUGUUCGUGGAGGACGGUCAACAUUUCUGUGAGAAACGCUCCUUAAAACGAUCAUUAGUCAUAAGCAGAAGUGACAGCUGAUCAGUGAGACUGGGAUGGGAUAGCACUACGGAAAACCGGUGGGUUCAUCAUCGGGAUUCAUAUAAACAUGGUUACAGCAACGUGGUAGAACCGAUAGCUACACUCAUUCAGUAUAAAAUAAACUUAAUAGGUAUUACAAUAUUAACUAUUGAUGUAUUGGUCUUUUGUUUUGGUUCAGUAUUUAUUACUUGCCUCUUUGAAUAUGCCUGAAAAAGAAUAUCAAACAUCUGGAGUAGAAUUAUAGCAACAGAAACGAUUGCAUAUUUGCCUUAAAUAUGUUUAUUUUAU